ACGUACAUUUCGCUCAAAGCUAUCUCACUUUGAUUUAGGGAUGGCAAUUAAAAUCAUUUGAUUGCAUAAAUCGAUUAUGUCGCAACGAUUUAAUUGAAUCCAACGAUUAUUUUUCUUAUCUCAAUUAAUCGAUUAAUCGAUUUAUUUUGCUUAGGAUAAUCGAAAAAUAUACACGGUUCAAAACAACAGUAAAAAGUAUUAUUCUCUUUACGUGUGGCUAGGCUAAAAAUAAAUAUCAACGUAAACGGAACCAUAUAGCAACUAUACUAAAUAAUUAGGGUACAACCCUGUUAUAAGUGGACACCCUUCGUGAAAAUUAACGUACGCAUUUGGAGUUUACUAAAGAGUUAAAAUAUUCUACCAUGGCACCGCCGAAAAGCAUUGCAUGGAAUCAUUUUGAUAAGCGAGGAAAUAGUUUGGCAAAAUGCAAGUAUUGUGCAAAAAUAAUUAAUACAUCAAAUAACACCACGAAUAUGAUGCAACAUUUGAAGCUAAAGCAUGCCUUAGAAAUUUCGAAGUCCGAGAAAAAUUGCGACAAAAUAAUUUUCAUUGAGGAAGGCGCAUCUACGUCAUCUGCUGCAUCUAUCAGCAAGGAAUCCAGUGGCAAAGAACUUGCGUCAAAAAUGUGUUCUGGUGUUAAAUUUCAAAGGUCUCGCCAGCCAAGUUUGUUAGACGUUAUGUCAAACGUAACAGAUUACAAAGGUAAUUUUACUUAAACAUGCGGUGAUAAUUCAGCAAAAUCUAAGUCUUUACUUUUAUAGAAGGAGGCGAAAAGCACUCAAAAUUAACUUUGUCAAUAGCGAAGAUGGUAGUUAUUGACAACUUACCUUUCCGCUUUGUUGAAGGAGUGGGCUUAAAAAAAUUUGUAAAGAAUAAUUUUCCUCUCUACAAAAUUCCAACGAGAAAUACAAUCAAAUCGCAUAUUGAUAAUCUGUUUGAGGAAGAAAAUACUAAAUUUAAGGAAUUUAUAAAAGACUGCAAUCAUAUCUGCUUAACAACUGAAUAUGGACAGAUACUCAAAUGAAUAGCAUGCUGGGUAUUACAUUUCAUUGUGUUAAAUCUACAACUCAAUUUGGUGCGACAAUUGGUGUUUUUAAGCUCUAUGAAGCGCACACUGCCGACUACAUUUCGAACAUUCUACGUUCUUCACUGGCAAAAUACGAAUUUAACAUUGACAAUGUAGCUGCAGUUGUAACGGAUAAUGGUGCAAAUAUUGUUAAGGCAGUGGUAAACGUUUUUGGAAAAAACAAACAUAUCCCAUGUUUCGCCCACACAUUAAAUCUAGUUUGUGAAAACUCGUUGAAUGUUCCUGAGGUAAAAGAGCUAAUAAGUAAAUGCAGAACUUUAAUAUCGUGGAUAAAGCGUCAUGUAAAUUCCAACGAGGACUUGGGAAAAGUUCAAAGCGCUGCCGGAGUCCCAGAAGGGAAUAUGCUGAAGCUUAUUUUGGACGUGCGAACCAGGUGGAAUUCCACCUUUUAUAUGCUCCAGAGGUUCAUAAAGUUAUUGCCGUAUGUCAGCCAAAUCGUACUAAAUUAUCCAGAUGCUCCUGAUGUCAUUUCAUCUAAGGAAAAAGAUUAUUUGGAAGAAAUAAUAGCCAUUUUACAUCAUCUAGAAGCUAUAACAGUGCAACUUAGCGGUGAAAAAAGUGCUACGUUGAGUCACGUUAUCCCAAUUGUUCACUGUGGACGUGAGAAGAUAAUGAAUCAGACAUGCCGCAAUAGAAUAUCACAAUUGUUGAAAGAUCAAAUCAUCCAUUAGUUCAAUCGUCGAUUUUUUAAUGUAGAAAAAUCAUAUUUGCUCGCUGCUUCCACAUUAUUGGAUCCUAGAUUUAAGAAGUUACACUUCGAAGAUGCACUAGCUGUGUCAUCAACAGUACGUCAUUUGAA